AUGCCCAGCACCAACGCUUCCCUGCCCCAGCACACGCUCCAACACCCCAGCCCACACCGCUCCUGCCAGCACACCGCUUCCCUGCCCCAGCACCCGCUCCACCCCAGCACACCGCUCCACCCCAGCACACCGCUUCCACACCAGCCACACCGUCCACCACCCAGCACAACCGCUCCCACCCCCAGCACCACCGCUCACACCCCAGCACCACCGUCCACGCCCAAGCCCCACACCGCUACACGCCACACACGGCUCCACACCCAACACACCUUCCACACCCAGCACACCGUCUUGCCAGCCACCGCUCCACGCCCAAGCCCCACCGCUCCUGCCAGCACACCGCCUCCGCCCAGCACACCGCUCCACACCCAGCACCCCGCUCCCUUGCCCAGCACACCGCUUCACCCAGCACACGCUCCUCUGCCCAGCACCCCGCUCCUGCCCAGCAACCGCUCCCACACCCAGCACCACGCUCCACGCCCAGCACACCGCUCCACACCCAGCACACCGCUCCCACCACCCAGACACCGCUCCACGCCCAGCACACCGCCUCCACACCCAGCACACCGCUCCACGCCCAGCACCCGCUCCACACCCAGCACACCGCUCCACACCCCCGCGCAACGCUCCACGCCCAGCACACCGCUCCUUCCCAGCAACCGCUUCCUGCCAGCACACCGCUCCACACCCGCACACCGCUCCACAACCCAGCACACCGCUCCACGCCAGGCACCCACGCUCCCCACCCAGCACACCGCUCCUUGCCCAGCACACCGCCUUCCACACCCAGCACCACCGCUCCACACCCGCACACGCUCUGCCCCGCACACCGCUCCCUGGCCCUCAGCUAAACCGCUCCACAUCCAGCACACCGCUCACACCCCGCACCCACCGCUCCUGCCCAGCACCACCGCUACACCACCCAGCACACCCCGCUCCUGCCAGACACCGCCUCCACGCCCAGCACACCGCUCACGGGUGGGGGGGUCCCAGCACACCGCUCCACCACCCAGCACACCGGCUCCUGCCCAGCACACGCUCCUCCCCGCCAGCACACCGCUCAACGCCAGCCACACCGCUCCCUGCCCCAGCACACCGCUCAACGACCAAGCCACCACCGCUCCACCCCAGCACACCGCUCCACAUCCCGCACACCGCUCCCUGACCAGCACACCGCUCCACACCCAGCCCCGCUCCACACCCGCCACCGCUCCACACCCAGCACACCGUCUGCCCAGCAGCACACCGCUCCACCACCCCGCACCCCGCCCACGCCCCAGCACACCGCUCCCUGCCCAGCACACCGCUCACACCCAAGCACACCGCUCCACGCCCAGCACCCAGCACACCGUCCCUGCCCAGCACAACCGCUCCACACCCAGCCACACCGCCCACGCCAGCACACCGUCCUGCCCGCACACCGCUCCACACCCAGCACACCGCUCACACCCAGCCACACCGCUCAACCCAAGCACAUCGCUCACCGCCCAGCACCACCGCUCCACAACAGCACACCGCUCCCUUGCCCCCAGCACACCGCCUCCACACCCCAGCACACCGCCUCCACGCCCAGCACACGCCCUCCCGCCCAGCACACCGCUCCACACCCAGCCACCACCGCUCCACGCCAGCACACCGCUCCUGCCCCAGCACCACCGCUCCACCACCCAGCACACCGCUUUCCACGCCAGCUACACCGCUCCCUACCCAGCACCACCGCUCCCUGCCCAGCACCACCGCUCCACACCAGACUACCGAUUCUGCCCAGCACAACCGUCCACAUCCCUCACACCGCUCCCUGCCCAUGCACAACCGCUCCACGCCCCAGCACACGUCCCCGCACAGCAAUACCGCUCCACGCCCCAGCACACCGCUCCCCUGCCCAGCACCCACCCGCUCCCUGCCAGCACACCGUCCCACGCCCAGCACACGCUCCCCGCCCAGCCACCGCUCCUGUCCAGCACACCGCUCCCACGCCCAGCACACCGCUCCACACCCAGCACACCGCUCCCACACCCAGCAACCGCUCCACACCCAGCACCCACCGUCCCAAACCCAGCAACACGCUUCCACGCCCAGCACCCACCGUCCCUGCCCAGCACCAACUCUCCCUGCCCGCACACCGCUUCCACGCCCCCAUGCACACCGCUUCAACGCCAGCACACAGCUCCACACCAGCAGACCGCUCCUGACCAGCCACCGCUCCAAACCCAGCACACCGCUCCACGCCAGCACAACCGCUCCACGCCCAGAGCACACCGCUCCACACCCAGCACACAGCUCCCUGCCCCAGCACACGAUCCUGCCAGCACACGCCCACACCCCGCACACCGCUCCUGCCCAGCACACCGUCCACACCCAGCACACCGCCCACCCCAGCACACGCUCCACACCCACGCACACCGCUCCCUGCCAAGACACCGCUCCACGCCCAGCACACCGCUCACUGCCCCCGCACACGCUCCCUGCCCAUCACACCGCUCCACCCCGCACACCGCUCCUUGCCCAGCACACCGCUCCAUGCCCAGGCACACCGCUCCACACCCAGCACACCGCUCCACGCCAGGCACACCGCUUCCACACCCACACCCUACCGCUCCAAGACCGCACAAACGCUCCACGGCCCAGACACACCGCUACACCCCCAGCACACCGCUCUCCAACCCAGCACCACCGCUCUCUGCGCCAGCACACCGCUCCACGCCCAGCAUACAACGCUCUUGCCCAGCACACCGCUCCUGCCCAGGCACACCGCUCACACCCCAGCACACGCUCCCUGCCCCAGCACCCCCGACUUCCACACCCAGCACAACGCUCCGCCAGUCACACCGCUCUGCCCCCCCCAGCACACGCUCCACAUCACCCAGCACACCGCUCCACGACCAGCACACCGCCUCCACACCCAGCACACCGCUCACACCCAGCACACCGCUCCACGCCCAGCACACGCUCCAACCCAGCACCACCCACACCCGCGCCAACCCAGCACCACCCGCCCCACACCCAGCACACCGCUCCACGACCAGCAAAUCCGAUCCACACCAGCACACCGCUCCCUGCCCAGCACACCGCUCCACCACCAGAAAUCACCGCUUCACCGCCCAGCAACCGUCCUGCCCAGCACCACCCGCUCCACCCAGCACCACCGCUCCACGCCCCGCCACACCGCUCCCUGCCAGCCACACCGAUCCAACACACCCAGCACACCGCUCCACGCCCGCACACCGCUCCCACACCCAGCACACCGUACCUGCCAGCACACCGCUCAACACCCAGCACACCGCUUCCUGCCCAGCAUAA